GAAGUACCAAAAUAAAAAUAAAAUUUAUUGGCGAUUUUAUCAAAUAAAUGUCAAUCGUCGGUGCCCAGAAGCUCUAUAAUUUCAGGGCAGGCAUGAGUGUCCUUGGCCAUGAAUCCUUUGAAGAAUGAAAAUGAUUUCGUGCCACUCCAUUGUGAGUAAUAUCUAGGCUAGUAGCAGUUGCCAUGGAAGUGGAAAAAUUUGCAGCCCUCACAGGACUAUCGAAAUCAGGUCAACAAGGUCCAGAAACACGAAGUGAUGUGAUUGUGAAUGAAGACAAGAUGUCAGCAGUGGGCACAGAAGGUGCUUGUAAAUCGAACUCCAAGGCUGCUGGAAAUGAUACCUCAGAAAGUUUCGGAGAUAACGCUGAUGUGAGGAAAGGGACAGAAUGUCAUGAAGAUAGAAGGCGCUCUCAUCAAAAUGAAACAUUGGAAACCGCUGAGUCUGAACAAUCUUCAUCUGACUCUGAAUCUAUGGUUGAUGAACUGUCACCAAAACCAACCCCAUCAGUCGUAGAUGUGCAUGAACAAAAUAGUUGCUCUGAUAGUGAUUUUAGUGAGGCGAGUCGUAAUCCGGAGAACAGUGAUUCUGAGCAAGUAGGCUGGUGUGCAAACCCUAAGGAUCGACUAAGCCCUGGUGUCGAUAACCUGAAUUUAGCUACCUUGACUGACGAGGACAAUACACAGGUAAGUGAGGACAAUAUACAGGCGCGUGACGACAGUACACAGGCACAUGAAGAUGGUACACAGACAGGCAAGGACGAGCAUUCAGAGGAUAGACAGGGGAAGAAAUGCCAAACUGUUUCCAUUUCCCCGAAUAAAUCUAUGAGUUGUCGAAAAUGUGAAGAAAAAUUUUCAAAACCUUCUCUGUUAGAUUUGCAUUAUAAAGAUGUUCAUGGUAUGGAUGCACCGUACCAGUGCUGGAGGUGUUCUUUCCAGACAGCAGAGUAUCUCGCCAUGGAGCGUCAUAUGGAUGCAUGCACUGAGCCACUUCACUGCGUGGAGUGUGGAGACAUGUUUGAUAACGCACAGAUGCUUUUAGAGCAUAAGAUUGAGGAGCAUUCGAAAGAUCCGAUUCUGAAGAUCAAGAUUCCAAAAGUGAAGUUAUUGGAUGGGAGACGGAAGAGGGUCAGAGGACAGCGCUCCAGUUCGAGGCUGGAGAAUGCUACAGCAAAGCGGGUGACGUACCUAGAGGAAGAUAUUGAAGAGGAGGAAGAGGGCGAAGAGCAUGAGAUUGUUCCACCACUAAAGCUCAGGACACCAAAGGUUCAGAAAACAAGGUCUAAAAAGAGAAGGGGGAAAACAAAAUCGGUACCGGAUCUAGCUGAGCCGAAACACGAAGAUAGUACUUCUGGAACUCUUUACCUGUGUCCGCGGACCGACACAGAUUGUUCUUUUCAGACAAUGAAUAUGAAUAACUUGAUGAGUCAUUUACGUUGCCACGAGGACGGGACAGUUUAUGCGUGUCCGUACAAAGAUGGGGGGUGUACGUAUCAAACCGAAAAACGAGGAAACCUGCGAUCGCAUUUGAAGACGCACUUACGCGUUGAUGAAGACCGUUAUAAAUGUGAGGCAGAGUCUUGUGACUUUAAAUGCAAUAAGAACUACUUGUUAGUCCGCCAUAAAAAAAGUGUUCAUGGAUUCCAAGAAAAACGUGACUUCGAGUGUGAAAUUUGCAAUAAGAAAUUCACACGAAAUCAGCGAUUGCAAAUGCAUCUCCGCAUUCAUGCAAAUGAAUCGCCCUACAUUUGCGACCAAUGUGGAAAAACAUUUGCCUCAAAACAGUGGUUGAACGUCCAUUUGAAAAUCCACCACGGGACGGAAAAAUACAUUUGCGAGACAUGCUCGAAAUCAUUCCCUGCGAAAACUUACUUGGCCAAGCAUCGCAAAACACAUGAAGAGGCGAAAAAGUUUUUGUGUGACGUUUGCCCCAAGGCUUUCAAGCGUUCAGAUCAUCUUCAGUGCCAUAAAAGAAUGCACACAGGUGAAAAACCUUUCCUGUGCAACCAGUGCGGAAAGACAUUCAAGCAAAUUUGCGGACUUCAAGCGCACAAAAAAGUCCACUCAGGCGAGAAACCAUAUGUUUGCACUGUGUGUGCAAAGGCCUUCACGUAUAAUAGUAGUUUGAGGGGUGGGUUGUGUAACUUUUGUCGUUCGGCUGGGGCAAAGGCCAAAGCGGACAUCUUAAAUGACGCAACUAUUGCGACUGUGACAAAGUUUUCUGAGUCCAGGCAUUCGAAAGGUGACACAAGGUUUGUAAACGUGCCAAUAUUUGCUGAAGCUGGCCAUUUGAAGGAUGAGGAUGUGUUUACAACUGCUCCAAAGUUUACUACACCAAAUGUUUUGAAAGGUGAUGCUAAUUUUUCAAAUUCUCAGAGGUUUGGUGCCAGACAGGAGACUACAAAAGGUGGCACUAUGAUUGAAACUGCUCCUAAAUUUAGGAGACCAACCUUUAUGAGAGCUGACAAGUGUGCUGAUCAAGAUGAUUUCAGAAAUGAACCUACAUUUACAACCGGUCAAAAGUUUGCCAAUCAGGGGACAUCAAAAGGUGGUACCACAUUUCUAACAGCUCCCAAGUUUGAAAACACAAUGAACUUUGAUUAUUUACCUGGCGCAACUGUGAAAAAUUUAGCAGCACCACCCAAGUAUGACACUGGUCCAAAUUUCCCACACCCCAACUAUCAAAUGGGACCUAAUCCAAUGCAGUUGGCAGCUGCUGCCGCUGCUAACUUCAUGCCACCGAACAUGCAAUAUCAAUGAGAAAACGGUGAGAAAGAUGGUGCUACGAACUGAGAUGCUAAAUGAAGAGGGAGGAAGAAUGGUCUCUUUGGAUGUCGGGAUGUACCAAAUAUGGCCUGGAUUUUUGGUAUAGACAUCAUUCGUUUAGCAGGAUUUGAGAAUUGCCAAUUUAACCUCUUGAAUCCCAGUGACCAACCAGUCGGUCAUUUUGAAAUAAAGUUUUUUCCCAAUGGCUGACAGGUCGGUGUCGGUGAUAUUUUAUUCCCUUGAUCUGCAACGCUAUUUUAUUGCUUGUUUUAGCGUGUUUGAUGUACAGUAGGGUCAGUUAGAGCAUGCCUGGGUAGAUGGCGCCUCGGUACCGGACUUUGGCGGUUGUAUGCAGACGCUAUACAUCGUGAAAGUCAGACCCAAUUUCGCAACCACGUGACCACCCUGGGAUCCCGGGAUUUUCAAGUUUUGGGAUUAAAGAGGUUUAAAAAUGUCGAGUUUGCCUAUUUUGAUUCAACGCUAUCAUUAGAACAUUUUGACAGGACACUGAAAACCAAUCAUUGGAGAUCACUGCUAGUUUAAUUCGAUGCUUGCUAAAAAUAGCAGGUUAUUGUGGUUGAUGUAAUCAAUGAUUUUUAUUUACAUAUAUGUAUGUAUCUAUGUUUUCUAAAUAAACUUUGAAAAGAGUGUGCCAGCCAUCAAGGGAGAAUACAGGGAGGAUUCGGUGAGCCAGAUUUAUGAAUUUUAGGAAUAUGCCAGUAGGCAUCUCCACUACAAAGGUCACCUUGAUGGAGACCAUCAAUUUGACCUGCUUUCAGCUCCCGCCUCUAGGCUCCAUUUGACCUGAAUAUUUUAGUGUUUACUAGCGUUUUUAAAAGGAAAAUCUUUACAAAAAUGUGUAGGUUUGCCAAAGGGCUACGCAGAAGGUUUCCUUUGUACAUGUACAACAUUGCAGAAACAUGGAUUAUAUAUAGGCGAGCAUAAAUGAAGUAGUGCAGCUGUCAAUGUGAACCUUGUACUCCCUCCCUCAGGCAAUCGCCACCUAGUUUUAACCUUGAAGUUUGCUCCAGGGUCAGGAUUUGACACUUAUUCACUUGGGACUUUAGAUGAAAUCAUCAGGGUUUCACAACAUAUUCUUUAUAUCAUUUUCCAAUAGUUCUAAAUGAUUAAUGGAGGGGGGGGGGUAUACAUUCAGGGUAUCCAUUGACUGCUGCAAAACAUUUGGUGAAAUUCAUGUAAUGAUUUAUCUGUAUUUAUCUGUAAAUAUAGUCAAGGACGAAGCUUGAUGAAGUUAUACAUAA